AAGAAGGAGGAAGAUCGCUAUGACGCCAAAAUCGAUGCCAUCAACAAACUCCGAGUCCAUAUUGUUGAAACGGUCGCAUCGCACUACAUACUAUUCAUCAACAAGGCCAAGACUGUGCACGAAAUGCUGAUUAGCCUCAAGAAUCAGGUGGCUCCAUCUAAUUAGCUACGCCGCUACGAACUCCGCACGCUAUGGCAGCAGCAGCAAAAGUUUCCAAAGGAUUCAAAUAUUGAACGAUGGCUACAGGAAUGGACAGUUCUCUACAGAGAAUGCGAAGAAUAUCAACUGCCUGAAGCCGCCGACAAUCGUCCACAACUCGACUUCCUGCUCUCUAUUCAGCCAAAGAAUCCCGAAUUUUCGAUAUACUGGCGCAACGAAAUGCACCGCCGCAUGGCUAGGGCUGAGAAUGCUCCACCGCUUCAGGAACUGGUUGAUUUAUUCCGUGACCAAAGACGGGAGGCUCUAGCUAUUGCAGGCAAAAUUACCAGCCAUUCUGCAUUUGCAACAACACUCAACGGCGUGGAAUUGAAGCCACCAAGCACGCCGGCAGCCACGCAGGCCGCUACAACGGCAUCCACGCCAGCCGCUAUAACGGCCUCCACAACAGCCUCCAAAGCUAAAAAUAUGCUCCCAGAAUGCAUCUGCGAAGAAUACUACUUCUUCCGAAAUUGCCUAUAUAUCUGUGAGAAUAAACGGCCAAACGGAUGGAAAAGCAACCCAGCUGUAGCAGCCAAGCUCAAGGAAACCUCAAGAAUCGACCCGAAAAACAGCAGGCGAUAGUUCAAAAGCUGCAGGAAAUAGCCGAGGCCGGAGGGCC